AUGGUCCUUGUAGGAGGAGGAUUCUUUGAAGCGGCCCGAGAGGCCUCUGAGAGGCGGAAGGGAAGGCCCAUCAGGGGAGAGAAGCCUUCUGGAAGCCAUAGCAGGUACUCUUGGAGUCUUGUGGAGGAAACAAGUCCAGAUGCUCUGAGAACAGAGGACCCGGGCACAUGCCCACAGGAAAGGACCAUCCCAAUGCCCCAUCCAGUGGUCCUUGCAGCCCUGCUCUCAGCAUUGCUCAUGGUGGACACUUUCUGGGCUCCAGGCUACCUGCCAAUGUCCAGGCUCUCAUACAGCUCUACCAAAGGAGACGUGCUCACCAGGCUUGUGAUCCCCUUACACAUAGGGCUGGAUCAGCCAGAAGCCAAGUUCCAGCAACCUCCAGAGCAGCCGCUGUGCCAACAGGGACCUCAGGUCUAUGGCUCCUGCAUCUCAGGGAUCUGGGUCCUGGCGACCACCCUGGCCCUGCUGUCCAACCAGCCCCGGUUCACAUGCAACUUCAGCUGCAGCCCCCAGCCACUCCUGGGUGUGAUUGAGGGGGUGACCUCCCCCAAGUCAAAGCCCAAGGCUAAGUUGCUGUCUGUGUGCAAAGUCCCUCGAGUGAGCCAUGGAUCUCAAUACCCCAGAUUCUCCAAACAUUUCUAUUUCCUAUCCUUCCUAUGCAUAGGACCCAGCCAUGCCCACCAGCAGCCCUGGUGGCAUCAGCAACUGCAGGUGAAGAUGGGGCACAUGGGUGGCUGCCUGGCCUUCUCAAAGAAAAUCAGCAGCCCAGGCAACGGGACCAGCAGUGCAGCUGACCUCGUCACCUCAUCGUCUGCCACCAACAUCAUCAUCUGUGACUGUUACCAUUUUCACUUCAGACUGACGGCUGAGGCCCUGUGGGAGAAGAAUGGGACUGGGAAGAUAAGGAUCCUCUCUGACUCCUUCUCCUCCAAACCCUUGAUGCUGGACCAUGGGGACCAGAAGUUGCUGAAUGGCAGCUAACUGACCAUAUACCCAGGAACAGUGCCCAGCUUUGAGGACUUCCUGUUGGAGCUGCGCCCAGCCACAUACCCAGGCAACAGUUUGGUGAGGAAGCUGUGGGAGGAGCUACAGGGAUGCAGGUGGCCUGGAUUGGGGCUUCCACCCAGAGAAGGGGCCCAGAAUUGCAUGGGCCUUGAGAACCUGGCAGCUGCCCACUUGUCUGCCUUCAGACUUCCUAAUCUGAUACCAUUUAACAAGCCUGCCUGGAAAAAUGUCCUACGGGAACCAGGAAGUCAACCCUAUCUGAGAAGCCAGACUGCUAUGCCAAUCUCCCCUCCCCCAGGAGAAAUCGCCAUGGCACCAGCUAGUGCUGCAUAUCAGAAGUGCCCUGGGGACAAGUGGCCCAACAUGGGGAAGAACCAGUGCAUUUCCAAAACCCUUGACUUCUUGUCCUACCACAAGCCCCUCAGCACAGUGUUGGCUGUCUGCAAAGCCCUGCUCUUCCUCCUUGCCCUGGCCACCUUAGGCAUCUUCACUUGGCACCACCACACCCCCAGUUCCCAAGCAAAUAACAACCAGCUCAAUGACCUUCUGCUGUCCUCCUUGGCACUCUGUUUCCUCUGCCCCUUCUUGUUCAUUGGCCACCCAGGCUCCAUCACCUGUGCUGUGUGCCAGGUGGCCUUUGGUGUCACCCUCACAGUCUGUGUGUCCACUGUGCUGGCCGAGACCACCAUAGUGGUGGCAGCCUUCCAUGCCACCCAGCCAGACACCAGGAUUAGGAAGUGGGCGGGGCUGGUUUUCCUUAGCAUCAUCUGCAUUGUCUGUUCUCUGGUCCAGGCAGCCUUGGGUACACUCUGGGUGACCAGAUGGCCUCCACAGCCUGUGAAUUCUUCAGAGCCCGUCCACAUGACUGUAAAGUGUGAUGAGGGCUCCUUUGAACUGUUCAAUGUCAUGCUGGGCUCCAUAGGUUUGCUAGGUCUGAUCAGCUUGCCGGUGGCCUUCCCUGCCCGCCAGCUGCCUGACACCUUCAACAAAGCCAAGUCUACCAUUCACAAUAUAUUGGUCUGCUCCUGUGCUUGGGUGUCCUUCUUCCCUGCCCACAUGAGUGCCUGCAGCAGAGACAGAGUGGCUGUGGAAAUCUCUGCCAUCUUGGCAUCAAGAACAGGCCUGUUGUCUUGCCUCUUCUUUCCCAAACGCUACAACAUCCUGCUCCACCCUGAAAAGAACACAAAAGUAGCAAUGCUUGGCAGACACCACCUCAAGUGA